AUGUUCUGUGCAGGCAUUGAUUACAUGGAUUUGAUGUCCACUAUGGGAAAUGCUAUCGCACCUGGCAGCGAUUCCGCCGACGGACAGCGAGACGAUAUUGCGGGAAAGGCCAAGUUCAUCAGCUCAAUGAUUGCCCUUCUCCAGGAGCCAUUUAAUACGAUGGCCCGCUGUCCCAAGCCUAUUGUUGCGGCUGUCCACUCGGGCGUCAUUGGCGCAGGCGUUGACAUGAUCUCAGCAGUGGACAUUCGGUACGCUUCCUCAGAUGCCUACUUCAGCAUCAGAGAAGUCGCCAUAGGAAUGGCUGCAGAUGUGGGCACACUGCAAAGGCUGCCCAAGAUCGUGGGCAAUGACAGUCUGGUUCGUGAGCUGGCCUUCACCGGGACAGACAUGCCUGCCUCAGAGGCCAAGGAGUUUGGCCUGAUCAGUCGAGUGUUUGAAACACCGGAAAAGACUGUCGAAGGUGCUUUGGAGCUGGCCAGAAAGAUUGCCUCUCGAUCGCCGGUCGCUGUGCAGGGCACUAAAAUAUCGCUCAACUACAGCCGAGAGCACACCAUUGAAGAUGGUCUGCAGUUUAUGCAGAUUUGGAAUAUGAGCAUGCUGCAGAGUGAAGACCUGUUGACCGCCACGACAGCUGUGGCUACCAAACAGGAGAGUCCCGAGUUUGCCGACUUGUAA